AUGCCCACCACCACGAUCUUUACCCCACAUUCUUUACCGCCCAUUGCCCGAGCUUCUAUGUUCGAGCUGCUUGCCAACUCGGUUAUCUCUCUCACCUUCGGUCCCCUAUCAGCUCUUGCGCGCGUCUUCAGGUUCAUUUACCCGGCGUACUACGCCGAUCCCAACGCCAAUAUCGUUCCUUUCAACAUCUUCGUUCUCUUGUCGGGAAUCCGCGCGACGCUUACUCCUGGUCUUCCUCGCAACUCAAUCGCAUUCUUCGCUUACGAAGAGCUCAAGUUGCACCCCGUCGAUACCACGUCCUUGCUGGAACCUGGCUGGGAAUACAUGCGCUACUGUAUCAUCGAUAUGAUCGCAGAGAACCCUCACCUCAUCAUCCCGUCCCGCUUGUUCGUACCAUACGAAGGGACAAACAGAGCAGAGACCUCUCUACAACGCACGGACAUGCUCCCCGUCUUCUUCUUUCGGUCAGAUGGCGGCGUCGGUGUUCGCAUCGACUCUAGCACGGACUUCGACAUGCUGCUUGAUGUCCCCACUCGCAUCACGGCAAAGUCCCUGAAGGUCGUCCUGCAGUUUUUGGACUACUCCUUGAAUGAGAAGCAGAUCCAGCUCCGCCCUACCGCUGCCCGUCCCGCCGCAUCUUCCCGCCACCUUGCCCGGCUCGUUGCUUCGAAGGUGUCCUAUCUCAUAAAGGACGCCGCCGCAGAGAAUGCUGGUAUCAUGCAGUGGGCAAAUCGUCGUUGGAGGGUGGGUUCAGGUGCCGGGUACAUCGGCGUUGGCGAUGUCGAGCUUUUGGGAAUCGUGUUCGUAUCCCAGGGCAAGGUCACACCGCUGCUCCGGGUGCGAUCGGACUUCGUCUUUGCAUUUUGA